UCAUUUGAUAAAUUUUAUUGCUUUGCUUUAAAGAUUUGUAGUUCGUUGACGUCCUUAAUAUGGAAAUGAUUCCUUAGUUGUAAUAUAGCGUUCUUUAAGUCUAGACAGUCACACAGUCUAAGAUUAUUAUACACUAUAUACUAAUACAGACAGUGCACACAUGUGAAAUGCUAAUAGUUGAAACACAUUUAGUGUGAACGAUAUAGUACUUUAAAUAAUUUAAGAAGCAGAAUAUGACGUCGCGUAUUUGCUAUCCAGUUGGUCAUAAAUAUAUCCCGGUUCAAAUUGAAGAGAAUGAUAUUUAUACGGGAAUAUUGAAAAUUCUUUCAAUUUUAAGACCAGAAUGGACUCCGGGAAAUAUUAAAUUUAAGGUUUUUACUGAUGGGAUUACAAAUAAACUUGUCGCAUGUCAGUAUACUGCUGAACAAGGCAAUGAAAACAACAUAGUACUUGUAAGAAUUUAUGGAAACAAAACAGAUUUGCUAAUUGAUAGAAAUGCUGAAGUUCGAAACAUAACUGUUCUCAAUAAAACUGGAUUGGCUCCAAAAAUUUAUGGUGUUUUCAAAAAUGGUUUAGCAUAUGAAUACUAUCCUGGAGUUACUCUUAGCCCAGAUACUGUAAUUGAUUCAAAAAUAUCAAGUCUUGUUGCAAAGCAAAUGGCGAAAAUGCAUAAAGUUGAGCUUGGGAAGGAAAUAAAAAAAGAACCCAUGGUAUGGGAUAAAACGGAACAGUUCUUAUGUUUAAUUCCAGAGAAGCUUACAGAUGCUAAUAAACAUGAAAGAUUUGCAAGUAGCUUUGGAUCUCUAACAAGACUAAGGAUAGAAUAUGAGCGCUUAAAGUCGCUCUUAAUAAAAACUGAGAGCCCAAUAGUGUUUGCUCACAAUGAUUUGCUUCUAGGAAACGUGAUCUACAAUGAAUCUAAAGGGAAGAUUUCGUUUAUAGAUUAUGAAUAUGCUUCAUAUAAUUAUCAAGCAUUUGAUAUAGCAAAUCAUUUCAAUGAAUUUGUUGGUAUAUCUCUUGAUGAUAUCGAUUAUAAUCGGCAUCCCAGCAAAGAUUUUCAGAUGAACUGGAUCGAAAAAUACCUUGUAGAAUAUCUGGAAAAUGAAUCGCCGCCUUAUGCAGCUAUUGAAAAACUGUAUAAGGAAGUGCAGCAACUUUCGAUAGCUUCCCAUUUCAUGUGGGGUGUGUGGUCUCUGGUGCAGUGCGAACUAUCCGAUAUUAAUUUUGAUUUUUGCAGGUAUGCCGAAAUACGACUUAACAGGUAUUACGAACAAAAGGACGCCAUUUACAAAGAAUUACUGUGAUGAAGGAUCAAAAGAGAAUAUUAUAUUAUAAGAAAAUAACGUAAUAUAUUAAGUGACAUAUUAAAUAUCUUUGAUUAUAUAUCGUCUACAUACAGUGUCGUUUUUAGACGGGUGAGCUUUAUUUGUCGAUGCAACUUUGGUUACCUAGGUUACCUAGCCUGUUUUAACUACAACAGGAGUAAACACAAAUAGACAACUGUGACAUUGAAUUGACGUGAUAUCAUUGGAUCUUGAAUACUCAUUAUGGAUUCCCAAAAAAUGCCGUCUUGAACUCUUGAAUUUCUUUGUUUGUUUUGUUAUAAAUAAAGUUAUAUUAAUCCCGUGGGUGUCGUAAGAGGUGACUUAGGGACGGGGAAAGGGGGGGAUGGGCAGCAGCGUCCCCCCCCCAUAAAUAUGUUACCACACUACUGCGCUCGCCAACACGCCUGCCCAGCGCGGCGAGUAUGGGCAAACCCUCCUCAAUGGCAGAUGCGCCCAAAAAAAGGCCCCCAGUUACCACAGGGAGCUUUGGCGCACCUUGGGAGAGGCCUAUGUUCAGCAGUGGAAAAUGAUUGGCUGUUGAUGUAUGAUGUAAUCAAGAACUAUUUGUAUAUUGUAUAGAAUGGAAUAUGUAAAUUUAAGGCUUUUGCCGUCCACUGCUUGACGAAUAGAACGCCAACCAUCGCGAUCUUGGGCAAUCCGCAUCCAUCUCGUACCUGCCACCUUUUUUUAAAUCAUCGGUCCAUCUUGUUCUACACCUCGUUUGCCUAAGCGUGGUCUCCACUCUAACACGUGUCGGCUCCAUCGGCCAUCAAUGCGCCUGGAGGCAUGACCAGCCCACUUCCACUUUAGCGAGCUAAUUCUACGCGCGAUGUCGGUGACUUUAGUUCUCUGGCGAAUGUCCUCAUUUCGGAUUCUAUCUACCAGAGAAACCCCAAGCAUCGCACGUUCCAUUGCUCGCUGAGCUACCUUAAAUUUGUGGACCAGUCCUACGGUAAGUGUCCACGUUUCAGCACCGUAAGUCAUUACAGGUAGGACGCACUGAUUAAAGACCUUGGUUUUAAGCGACUGUGGGAUCGACGAUUCAAAAAUAUGACGCAACCUCCCGAAUGGCGCCCAGCCCAAACUUGUUCUUCUUUUAGCCUACUUCUCAAAGUUGUGCCGACCAAGUUGUAUAAUUUGGCCCAGGUAGAUAUAUUCCUGCACAACUUCAAGUGGAGAGCAAUUGACGACCACUGGUCUUGGGUAUACAUGUUGGUUUGCCAUAAUUUUGGUCUUUUUAAUGUUCAUCCCGAGACCUACUUGUCUUGAAGAAUCGCUCAGGUUGUUUAGCAUCUCUUCCAAAUCCUGCAGUCUCCGCCAUGAUGACAAUGUCCUCGGCAAAUCGCAGAUGUGUAAUGUGUUGGCCAUUUAUAUUAAUGCCGCGUCCGUUCCAAUCGAGCGUCUUGAAGACGUCCUCCAAUGCAUUGGUAAAAAGUUUCGGUGAGAUUACAUCUCCCUGUCUUACCCCGUGAUGCAAUUGGAUUGGUCUUGUGCUCUGAUCUUGUACUUGGAUGGUCAUGAUUGCGGCUUCGUACAAGCUCUUCACCACCUGGACAUACCGACAGUCAAUUAGGCAUAUCUGCAUGGAUUCAAGAACAGCUCAGGUCUCGAUGGUAUCGAAGGCUUUUUCGUAGUCCACAAACGCUAUGUAUAGAGGCUGAUUAUAUUCCUCGGUCUUCUGUAUUAUUUGCCUAAGUGUGUGUAUGUGGUCUACGGUACUGAAGCCUUUUCGAAACCCAGCCUGUUCAACGGGUUGGAAGUCAUCGAAUUUUCGGGCAAGAUGAUUCGUGAUUACCCUCGAAAACAACUUGUAAACAUGGCUGGUAGUUUUUCAGAGUUUUAUCACCCUUCUUGAAAAAGAGCACCACCAUACUUCUGAUCCAUGUCUUCGGUGUUAGCUCUCUCAAAACUGGUGUGCCUCCUGCUUUGAGAAGCUCUGAGGUAAUUCCGUCAUCUCCUGGAGCCUUGUUGUUUCUGUUGAUCACGGAGACAUCACUGAAUAUUUGCCGUUUAUUGGAUAAAAUGAAGCCGAUCUCAUUCAUA